AUGCGCGGUCCCGGGGGUCUUCCUGCCUUCCCUCUGCCCUGCGCUCUGGGGGGACAGACAGACGGUGUCCCAGGCCUGAACAGCUGCUGCCAGGGGGUGAGGGGGACCGCCUCCCCGGCCCUGGUUGCAGGGACCCUGGUCCACAGCUGUGUGGCGGCUCUAAGGGGGUGGGGUGCGGUGGGCGCGCUGAGGAAGGCGGGUCCAUCGCCUCAGGUUGCAGCAGCCUGCGUGCAGGGAUGCGCCUUCCAGAGCAGGAGGUGUCUGGGGAGGGCGCAGGGCAGGAAAGCCGGGGCCAGCGAGGGGGCCGUGACUCCUCUGGGCUGUCCCGGGUUCCGCCCUGACUACUGCACUGAGCCCAAGGAGGGGCUGGUCUGGAGCCCGCGCGGAGGCGAGGGCCGCUGCCAGCCUCGGAGCCUGGCUGCCGUCUGA